GGGGGCUUCGGGGGAUGGGCACAGGCAUGGGACAUACCUAUUUUUGCGAAAGUACUGUAGCUGGCUAGAAUAUUAUAACAAGAGUAACUGACAACUUCGCCUACUAGUUUGGCUCUAAUUUUCCACAACGCAAGGUAGCUCUGGGAGCCAAUGAGAAUCCAGUGCGCACGGAGCUUGAUGGUUGCUCAGGUUUCGCUUCAGGUGAGGGAUCCGGAGAAGGUGAAUUUGCGGUGGAGGAAGAUUGGCGAGGAGUAAUGUUUUCAGAGGCCAUGACAUGUCAUAAGCAAUUAUACGGUGUAGAUCCAUAAGAAACAGAGCUAUCCUUUCCUUGAGAAGAUGUGAUAUCAACCAACCGUCAUGCCCCCAUUGAUCCUGACCGUCUGCCCAUUAACCCACGAACUCUCCUCGCCCGCUAGGAACGUCACCACAUUCGCAACCUCCUCGGGCUUCCCCAAUCUCCCUGCCGGCGCAAUGUUACUCUGCAUCUGCACCAUCUGCUCCGUCUUGCCAACAUAAUACGCGUCCGUCCCAAUCGGUCCGGGCGCAAUCGUAUUCACCGUGACUCCCCUCCGUCCAAGGUCUUUCGCUAGCACGCGGGUCAUCUGCUCAACCGCUCCCUUGGACGCCGUGUAGAGGAGGUAAUUCGGCGUCACCAUGCUGAAUGCCGCGAGCGAGGUCGAGAAGAGCAUCACGCGCCCUCCAUCGGGGAUAUGCGGCGCAGCCGCCUGGACGGUGAGGAGGGGUCCCUUGACAUUUGCCGCGAAAAGCGUGUCAAAGUCUUCCUCGCUGAUACUCGCCAGAUCGCCCUUUUGCCAGAGGAGACCGGCAUUCAGCACGAGAAUGUCGAUUUUCCCGAACCGGUCAACGGUUUCUUUGAUGAGGCGCGCGAUCUCGUCGCGCUUCGACACGUCGGCUUGGAUUGCGAUUGCCCGGUCCGAACCGAUUUCAGAAACGACUUCUUCGGCUGCCUUUGAGGAGGAGAUGUAGUUGACCACCACGCUUGCGCCGUCCUUUGCGAGUGCGAGGGCUGUGGCGCGGCCGAUUCCGCGCGAGGCGCCGGUUACUAGGGCGACUUUUCCGGAGAGGCGGGGCAUUUUCCAAGAUGGGUCGUGGUACUUGGGAGGCUUGGGUGGAAUUGAAUGGACCGGAAUGAACUAGAUGAACAGGAUGAUUGUACGCGAUUGAAGUUGGGGUCGUUCUUGCAACUAUAUAUCUGCUCAUGACGUCGUCGAUAAGCCCGGAGAUAACUGCAUGCCCGCGCCUCGGCCUUAGUAUGCUUUGUUCUACAAGUUGCAACGCCGGGGAUUGGGUGGCGAGUGGAAGCUAUUAUGCUUGCUGACGAUGGAUGUCGCACAGAUCGACCCAGGGAAAAAGUCGGUAGCGUCAUCAUUGGCGAGAGCUGGGGAAAUUGAGAUGCCAGCGACCGAGCGAUCGAGACUAAGUCUAAGCAACUGACGAGCGACUAACCGCGUCGGGCAAGUUUUGCGGCUGAAUUCUUCCUCUCAUAGUCUCAUAGUCUCAUAGUAACUGGUCCUUGGGCUAGAUAGAUGGUCGGAGAAGAGUGAACACCCACAAUGAGCUGUCAAAUCUUGUUUGUCAUCGCAGCUCGGAAUGUCCAUCAGCUCAUGCAGGCGGCGACCGGAGUCCGUGGCUGAUCGGGGAUAACACGCGCCAUGCGAUUGGAUUAUUGCCAGCCCGCUAAUACAGAUCCAGACAAGCGUCUCAGCUUGGGUUAUUGGAGCAGAGCUGCCGCUGACUUCCUGGCGCCACUUGCACCAUCCUCAGUCGUGCAGACCAUGGAAUGUCCAGCAUGGCGGGCGAUCAAUCCACAUUUCUAUCGGCUGGGGUUGAGGGAGUGUACCCGCCGAGUGUAUACCGCGAUCUAUCACAGGUCCAUCAGCUAAAGCAGCCCUACGAGGGGAGUUCGACGGGCGCGUUGACGCCUCGCUCGUCCUCGUCGUUUUCAUCCUUUGGCCCAUCUACUACGACGUAUUCGAGCUUGAAAUUCAGACCUGUCAUGCAUGGAGAUAGGUCGACUCCCAAUGCGCCACGCUACUCGGCAAACGCCUGCGCAUGCUGCCGCAGUCAAAAGAGGCGAUGCGACAAGACGCUCCCCAGCUGCUCGAGAUGUACAAAACGAAUUGCAGCUACCACUGGGAUCAAUGGGCCCCCCAAUUCAACCCGCACCUGUCGCUCGCCGACUUUCUGGUCUUCCACAUUCCCGUAACAGGCGACCACAUGUGGCUCCCCGGCACGCUAGAGUCUCUCCAGCCCUAUCAACAAAACAUGCGCGCUCGGGGCCUCGAUCUCGAUCGGUUCUUCGGUGGCCUGGCCAUGACCACAAUGGUCGAGCAGAACCAGUCCCUGGCCGGGGCGCUGGACAGCUAUUUCGCGAACAUCCACCCCUGGCUACCGGUAAUCCACGAACAGACACUCCGAACGAGAGCGUUUCAGCUAGGCGCAGCCCCCGAGGCAGAGGUUGCACUGAUUUUUCUUGCCAUGUUACUCGUGCUGGAGACCCGGCGUCAAGAUAGUAUGGGAAAGGAAAGCCAGCUGUACAGCCUCUGUCGAUAUCUCUUUUCAUUUCUGCAGAUGAGCCGUAGUCCGUCGCUCGAGUUCGUGCAGGCUGGCCUGCUACUUGCGGUAUAUGAACUGGGGUCGGGCCAGUCACAGGCUGCGUCCCUGACCAUUGGAACGUGUGCGAGGGUGGGAUAUCUUCUGCGGUUGAACGUAGACGAUCCGCAUCACACUGACCCGUCCUGGGUGAGAUCGGAGGAGCAACGGAGGGUAUGGCUGGGCGUGUACAUUCUCGACCGACUCAUCCACCAAGUCGAAUCCACCCCCUCCACCCCGCACGCCGCCGAAGAACCCCCGGUGACCUACCGCCUGCCCAUCGACGACCGCGAAUGGGACCGACCCCCCGAAUCCCCAAGCCGCGGCUUCGAGGAGCCGUCCUUCUCAACCCCGAUCCAUAUCCCGCUGUGCUAUUUCGCUCGGGAGAUCCAGGCUGUGCGCAUACUGGGUCACGUGCAGAUGCUCUCUAGGAUCUCCAAUGGGGAUCGUGAGAUGGUGGGGGAGCAGAUGGAUGGGGUCGAUGGGGUGUUGUUGCAGUUUAUGCAGAGGCUUUUCGAGCAGACGCCGGGGAGCUGGGAGGUUCUCUGUGGGGCAAAUGCGACGGCCUUGAUGGCCGCUCUACACCUCCACAAAACCCGCCUAGCACUCGAAACUCAAACCCAUCCCCAGCUCCAACCCAAUAAUCCAUAUCCGCAUAGUAUCCCCCCAUCACAAUCACCAGCAACCGAACGCUCCAUCCUCGCGCUCCGUUCAAUCAUAAGCAUGGUGCGCGACAUCUGCGCAAAGUUCAGCGCGCUGGAUAGACAUAAAAAGCUCCGCUGCGUGCCGCUGCCCUCGCUAAUAUGCACGGGCGAAACCGCGCGGGUGGCGAUGUGGUUGAACCAGACGAUUCCUGGCGUACGUGUGGAUGUUGAGCCGUUUCGCUUGGUUAUUGCGUAUGCGGCGCGGUCGUGGGGGCUUGCAGCGGAUUAUUUGCGAUACUUUGGGUAGGUGAAAUCACAAUAUAAGGUUCUGAGAGAUGUAAAUGUGAAUGAAUUAUGGCAUCUGAUAGCGACCUGGAAACUUUUUAUAUUCCCUCAAAUCCGACCUGGCAG